AACAUAAUAUUCAUUCUGUAAUCAUGUGAUUUGUAGAUAUUGCUUGAGGGCGUGGUUAAUGGAAAUUGACGUCUGAGAGAGGAAGUGUUGUUCUGGUGUUCGAUCAACGGGAGUUGCGAAGACUGUUUCCCUUCAGUCAACAUACCACAUCCAGAUUAAUACCAUGGUCACAGAAGGGGAGCCUACAGAUUUGGUGAAAGUGCUGCACCUGCUGGUGCUGUCCUUCGCAUGGGGAAUGCAGUUGUGGGUCUCCUUUAUAGCAGGUGUUGCACUGGUGAAGCAGGUAACACUGCACACCUUUGGGCUGGUGCAAAGCAAGCUGUUCCCUGUAUAUUUCUAUUGCCUACUGGGCAGCAACUUUGUCAGCCUUGCUGUGUAUGCAGUCUACCACCCCAGAGAGCUGCUGGAUUGGCACGAAAGCCUGCAGAUGGCUCUGUACUUUGUGGCAGUCAUCAUGGCAGGUCUAAACGCACAGUGGUUUGGUCCGUCUGCCACAGAGGUCAUGUUCAAGCUGCGGGAGGUGGAGCAGGAGCAUGGCCUGGGGAACCAAAUAGGGAUAGGGAGCCAGAGGGAAGCCUACGCCAAACUCAGGGAGCAGGACCCCAAGUAUAAGGCCUACAAGAGCACCUUUGGCCACUAUCAUGGCCUGUCCAUCCUAUGCAACCUGAUUGGGUUUAUCUGCACAACCACCAACAUAGUGUACACAGCUCUCAAUUUGCACACCAUUUAGAGAUUGUGUAUAUGUGGUGUUUGGUGACAGGUUUUCAUAUUGACUUUCAAUCAGGGGAUGUAUGUAUCAAGUGUCUCAGAGUAGGAAUGCUGAUGUAGGAUUUUUGCCUUUAAAUCACAAUAAAUAAGAUUCCAUAGAUUUCUCAUCUGAACAAUCAGAUCUGGAAAAAAUCUGAAAAGAUCUGAUGUGAUUGGUCAAGACCAAUUAGUGGGAAAAAAAUAUCAGAAUUGGCUGCUUGUGUAAACACAGCUUUAGGCAUAUUACAUAUGGGCCUGAUCUUAUUUCAGCACUCCUAGUGAGACGCUUGAUGCAUACGGCCCCUGAACAUAACGCUUAACCAUAUAUUUUUUUAAUAUGCCUUUUUAAUCUAAUUGUUUCACCUGUCAAUAGAAAACAGCACACAAUGUCAAAAGAUUUCAAAGUAUUUUUGGUCUUUCCUUUGUCAAAACGGGGAAAGGAUGAAUGUAAUAAAGAUCGAUUUAUAUUUUUCAGAUGUACAUGAUUUAGAAAAAUAAUUAAUGUUAGUGAUCCUCUUUUUGAUUUCCCUACAAUUAUUGUUAAUUUUACAUUGAUAUACUUGAAGGGUUAGAGCUGAAGUAUAAUGUGCAGUGAUCCUGAUAAUGUUUCAAAACGGAGGUUUAACACUUACACAGAACUUGUAGAUACAUUUUUGUUGUUGUUGAAAAGCACAAGAUUCUGGACUGUUAUUAAAUGGGAAAUUGUAUUGCUUGUGACUUCCACUAGAGGGUAAUAUCUGAAAAAAAAACUUUGUACAAUCAUUAGGUGGAUAUUUUUUAACAACAUAACAUUUAGCGCAGGGUUGUUGCACAUAAUUAUGUACUGUGAAUAAAUUACAAUUAUGGAAAUUCCUACAAAUAAUGAAUUCAAUAACAUCAAUAAUAUUGUUAAAUCAUCUUUGAUGUUGAAACAAGAAAAAAAAAUCAGUUUUAGUUGUUACCCUUGAUGGAAGCAGGAAAUGCACUCCUACAGUUUGAGCAUUUUCUUUGGAAAAUCAGGUGCAAUACAGGGUCAAUAACAUGCAACAUAUUAAGACCAGACCACACAGUUGGUGCCCACCUCUUGAACAGACUGGUUCUAACUUCAUUAUUGUGACGGACAUCAUGUAAAAAACAACUUUUAAACAGCUUUGAAUAAAUGGGCCGACCAGUGCUUUGCUGGCAAGUC